CGCGGGCUCUCUUACCAGUUAUUGGUGAAUCGCAUUGGCUGGAUUCAGUUAGGCGCUGCCAUGACGGGAGGCAAGGAGCUUGGGGCGGCUGUGGAGUUGUACGAACGGCUGCAGAUGCUCUCCUGUCCAUGCUUAGAGGGUGUGUAUCUCACAGAUCCUCAAAGUAUAUAUGAGCUGCUCUGUACCCCAUCAAGUCAUCGUUUGGACAUCCUACAGUGGCUGUGCUCAAGAAUUUACCCUCCAGUUCAAGAACAAUUAUCCUCUUUAAAGGAAUCUCAAACAGACACUAAAGUAAAAGAAAUUGCCAAGCUAUGCUUUGACCUCAUGCUUUGCCAUUUUGAUGACCUGGAUCUAAUUAGAGGACAUGCCAGCCCUUUCAAGCAGAUCUCCUUUAUUGGGCAACUAUUAGAUGUCAUCCAGUAUCCUGACACAAUAUCAAGUAAUGUCAUACUUGAAUCAUUGUCUCACAGCACAGAGAAAAAUGUUGUGACCUGCAUAAGAGAAAAUGAAGAGCUUUUAAAAGAAUUAUUCUCCAGUCCUCACUUUCAGGCCACCCUCAGCCCUGAGUGCAACCCCUGGCCUGCAGACUUCAAACCUCUUCUAAAUGCAGAGGAAUCUCUUCAGAAAAGAGCAACCCAGUCUAGCAAGGGAAAAGAUAUGAGUAAUUCUGUAGAAGCUUUGCUGGAAAUUUCUUCAUCUCUGAAAGCCCUUAAAGAAGAGUGUGUGGACCUCUGCAGCUCUGUGACUGAUGGUGAUAAGGUUAUUCAGAGUUUGAGACUGGCCUUGACUGAUUUUCAUCAACUGACUAUAGCCUUUAAUCAAAUUUAUGCGAAUGAGUUCCAGGAGCACUGUGGCCAUCCUGCCCCUCAUAUGAGCCCUAUGGGACCCUUUUUCCAAUUUGUCCACCAGUCCCUUAGCACCUGCUUUAAGGAGCUUGAAUCCAUCGCCCAAUUUACGGAAACUUCGGAGAAUAUUGUAGAUGUGGUGAGGGAGAGGCAUCAGUCUAAGGAGAAAUGGGCUGGAAGCACAAUAUCCACUCUGUGUGAAAAAAUGAAAGAACUGAGACAGAGCUAUGAGGCAUUCCAACAAAGUUCAUUGCAGGACUGAAGAACUGAGCUUUUGGUUUCUUUGUGCCGAACUUCAGUGCUAUCGCAAAAAACAUGUGCUUUUCAAAAUGACUGCCUAUAACUUUGACACAUGAUGAAGACUGGACAGUUGAACUUGUACUGAUACAUUCAGCAAUGCACAUAUUUUUAUAUUUAUUUAAUGUGGUACACAUUGAAAACAGAUUGAAGAGCAUACAUAUAUGGUCAAGCACAUUGAUGUAGAAUUUAGUUUUAAACAUUUCUCCCAUGCCUUUUCAUGUUGCAUCACAAGAUAAAAAGGGAACCCAUAAAAACAACUGUUCAGCUAGAAUAAACUUACAUGUCAAAAAAAGUUGUCUCGUUUUCCAUCAAAAGAUACUGUCUUGUCUCUGGUGAAUCAAUGGUUAUUUCAACUGUAGCAUAACAAAUGUAACUCUUUUAAGGAUGUUAUCUUUAAAAACAACAAGGUAAUAAACGACCUUUUGCUGUUAAGUAGUAGUGGCUACUUUUUGUACCAUUGUGCAGCAACUGUUUUACUGUAUAAAGAAUUUCUAGCUGUUUGUGUCAAGAAAAUAUGAAAUUGCUAUAGGCAGAAUAUUGAGUGCCUAUUUGGUUAUACAUUUAGGUUAACUCGUUCAGACAGGGGCGUGGUUGCCUAUGUAUAUACAAUUUAAUAAAAUAAAGCUAUAGCACAUUUAAAGCAGUGUGCAA